UGCCCUACCUCCCUUUCACAGUGGUCCACUCAUCCGGUUACGGAGGCGGCGGCGGCGCCGGCAUCGGCGGCAGCUAGAACAAGAGCAGCGAUAGCUCCGGGUUUCCAGAACAAGCGCUGUGGCCACGGCACCUGUGCAGAGCAGGAGUAGCAGGACAAGGGGGUGGGGUUCGUGCCAACCACUCUCUGAGCCGGAAGGAAGGGGCACCUCCCAGCCCCUUAGGAAUCCACUGCUCCGCAGAAUCUCUACACAGCUGGGAAUACUGUUGGGGUGGACAUGUGCAAGACCAGCUAGAGGGCUGGGACAGGUGACCAUUUGGUUCAAGUGUAGAGAGGAAAGGAAAGCUUUUCUGGGACCAUGACAGCUUCCCGCCUGGACUUUGGGGAGGUGGAAACUUUCCUGGACGGGCAUCCAGAGUUGCUUGAAGAUUACUUGAUGCGCAAGGGGAAGCAGGAGAUGGUGGAGAAGUGGCUGCAGAGGCACAGUCAGAGUCAGGGGGCUUUAGACGCAAGGCUGGCGCUGGCUGGCACCAGCAACGUGGCUCACGGCGGUGGCAGAGGCAGCAGAAGCGUUGGCGGUGGCACUGGACCAGAUGGCUCUGCCAACAGCCAGCCCACUCCAGGUGCGGGGGACUGUGGUGGGGUUCCCUUGAGCCCCAGCUGGGCCAGUGGCACCCGGGGUGAUGGGAGCCUGCAGAGAAAAGCGUCUCAGAAGGAGCUAAGGAAGAGUUUUGCCCGCUCCAAAGCCAUCCACGUGAACAGGACCUAUGAUGAACAAGUGACCUCCCGGGGCCAGGAGCCCCUGAGCAGUAUGCGGCGAAGGGCACUGCUCCGGAAAGCCAGCUCCCUGCCCCCCACCACAGCCCAUAUUCUCAGUGCCCUGCUGGAAUCCAGGGUGAAUCUGCCUCAGUAUCCCCCUACAGCUAUGGACUACAAGUGCCACCUCAAAAAGCAUAACGAACGUCAGUUCUUUCUGGAACUGGUCAAGGAUAUCUCCAACGAUCUUGACCUUACCAGCCUGAGCUACAAGAUCCUCAUCUUUGUCUGCCUCAUGGUGGAUGCCGACCGCUGCUCUCUCUUCCUGGUGGAAGGGGGGGCUGCUGGCAAGAAGAGUUUGGUCUCCAAAUUCUUUGAUGUGCAUGCAGGAACCCCACUGCUGCCCUGCAGCAGCACAGAGAACUCAAAUGAGGUGCAGGUCCCCUGGGGCAAAGGUAUCAUUGGCUAUGUCGGGGAGCAUGGAGAAACAGUCAACAUUCCUGAUGCCUACCAGGAUCGAAGAUUCAAUGAUGAAAUUGACAAGCUAACUGGAUACAAGACAAAAUCACUAUUAUGCAUGCCUAUCCGAAGCAGUGAUGGAGAGAUUAUCGGUGUGGCCCAAGCUAUAAAUAAGAUUCCUGAAGGUGCGCCAUUUACUGAAGAUGAUGAAAAAGUUAUGCAGAUGUAUCUUCCAUUUUGUGGAAUUGCCAUAUCUAAUGCUCAGCUAUUUGCUGCCUCAAGGAAAGAAUACGAAAGAAGCAGGGCUUUGCUAGAGGUGGUUAAUGACCUCUUUGAAGAACAGACAGACCUGGAGAAAAUUGUCAGGAAAAUAAUGCACCGAGCCCAAACUCUGCUGAAGUGUGAGCGCUGUUCUGUUUUACUCCUCGAGGACAUUGACUCACCAGUGGUGAAGUUUACCAAAUCCUUUGAAUUGAUGUCCCCAAAGUGCAGUGCCGAUGCUGAGAACAGUUUCAAAGAAAGCAUGGAGAAAUCAUCCUACUCUGACUGGCUGAUAAACAACAGCGUUGCCGAGCUUGUGGCUUCUACAGGCCUCCCAGUGAACAUCAGUGAUGCCUACCAGGACCCUCGCUUCGAUGCCGAGGCUGACCAGAUAUCUGGUUUUCACAUAAGAUCGGUUCUCUGUGUGCCUAUUUGGAAUAGCAACCACCAAAUAAUUGGAGUGGCCCAAGUGUUAAACAGACUUGACGGAAAACCUUUUGAUGAUGCAGAUCAACGACUUUUUGAGGCUUUUGUCAUCUUUUGUGGCCUUGGCAUCAACAAUACAAUUAUGUACGAUCAAGUGAAGAAGUCCUGGGCCAAGCAAUCUGUGGCUCUUGAUGUGCUAUCAUACCACGCGACAUGUUCAAAAGCUGAAGUUGACAAGUUUAAGGCAGCCAACAUCCCUUUGGUGUCAGAACUUGCCAUUGAUGACAUACAUUUUGAUGAUUUUUCUCUUGACGUUGACGCCAUGAUCACAGCUGCUCUUCGGAUGUUCAUGGAGCUGGGGAUGGUACAGAAAUUUAAAAUCGACUAUGAGACACUGUGUAGGUGGCUUUUAACAGUGAGGAAAAAUUAUCGAAUGGUUCUGUACCACAACUGGAGACACGCCUUCAACGUGUGCCAGCUGAUGUUUGCGAUGUUAACUACCGCUGGGUUUCAAGAGAUUCUGACCGAAGUGGAAAUUUUAGCGGUGAUUGUGGGAUGCCUGUGUCAUGACCUUGACCACAGGGGAACCAACAAUGCCUUCCAAGCUAAGAGUGGCUCUGCCCUGGCUCAACUCUAUGGCACCUCUGCUACCUUAGAGCACCACCAUUUCAACCACGCCGUGAUGAUCCUUCAAAGUGAGGGUCACAACAUCUUUGCUAAUUUGUCCUCCAAGGAAUAUAGUGACCUUAUGCAACUUUUGAAGCAGUCAAUACUGGCAACAGACCUCACGCUGUACUUUGAGAGGAGAACUGAAUUCUUUGAACUUGUCAGUAAAGGAGAAUGUGAUUGGAACCUCAAAAAUCAUCGUGAUAUAUUUCGAUCAAUGUUAAUGACAGCCUGUGACCUUGGAGCCGUGACCAAACCGUGGGAGAUCUCCAGACAGGUGGCUGAACUUGUAACCAGUGAGUUCUUUGAACAAGGAGAUCGGGAGAGAUCAGAACUCAAACUCACUCCUUCAGCUAUUUUUGAUCGGAACCGGAAAGAUGAACUACCGCGGUUGCAGCUGGAGUGGAUUGAUAGCAUCUGCAUGCCUCUGUAUCAGGCAUUGGUGAAGGUCAAUGAGAAACUGAAGCCAAUGGUGGAUUCGGUGGCUGCGAACAGAAGGAAGUGGGAAGAGUUGCACCAGAAAAGGCCGCUAGUGUCACCCUCCUCUGCCAGCCUCACGGCGGCCGGGGCCGACAGUGACUAACCCACCAGGUCAGCCGCUGCUGCCAAGUCACUGCAUCCUGAAGGCAGCUUUGGUCCAGCCACAUCAUCCUUUUGUCCCUUUAAGCUCAGACAGACAGAAAAUCUUGAGGAUGCCCUGGAACGACGCCUGGGCUUUCACCUUGGAGUGCGGUCAGCAGGAAGGACAGAAGAGGUGGCAAGGGCACACUCAAGGACCCUCGGCUUCCCCUGAUGCCCAGACAUGGCUGAGAUGGACACGAGACGGCGCUGGGCAAAGGACUGUUGUGGGUCCCGGACCCAAGGACAGCCAGCCCUGCUCCUUCUGAGCCAGGGGAACAUACAACCGUAAAGGUGUCAUUUGCGCUGCUUCAUUUUGUAUGUGGCUCUUUUAUCUGUUACAAGUCAAACAAUGCCUGCCUCUGCAGCCUCUCCAGAGCACCCUUUUGUGCCAGGCUGUCCCAAGAAUCCCAAUUUGGAUUCUGUAGUGGUAUUUUAUUUUUCUCCUAAAGCUUCUUAAUGAUGGCUCAGAGCCUUUGGACUUGCCUACCUAAAAGAUAAACUGUGUUAUCCUUACAAAUACCCGCCAUUCCCAGUUUCCCCCUAAAAAGGUCCCUAUUAGAAAUACAGAUGUGUUUUUCUGAUUGGUGUUUAUCCAGGACUCGCAACACCACAUUGGGAUUGUGAUCCCCUUUUUGAGGUUUUUAAUUCAACCUUUAUUGUAACCAAGUCUACUCCCGGAAGGAAUGGAUUAAUAGACUUUAAUUUAAGGAAGGAUGAAAGGAAAAGGAGUUACCACAGGUGGCAUAUGAAUGUUUAGGGACGAUUUCCAACAGUGAGACAUUUCACAGGUCACAGCAGAGCCAUGGAGAACGAUCACUGAUUACCUUGAAUUCUCCCAGUGAUGGUUUUGGUAUAAAAUUUAAAGUGACUGUCAGUACCAACCUACAGCCAAAUGCAGGAGUUCCCAAUUUUGGAUUUUUCCUUACGUACAAGAAAUAAUGCUUGAAAGGUUAAGAAAUAACGGUCUGGGCAGAGAACAAAUAUACUAUUGAAAGCCAGGCUUAUAAUGGGUAAAAAUAAACUACAGUAAAUGGAUGCAAUGACUAGAAAGCUAUUUGCUCCCCGUUUUACAAGAGUGAGGAUGUGAUAUGCCUUAUCCACACUAAGCAAGAAGCUAGACAUACCCCUAGCUUGGGCACGAUUAACUGGAUGAUUUUGGACAAGUCACUUAACUACUCCCAGCCUGUCUCAUUUGUCAACUGAGAUUACACUAGGAAAUGAUUUUCAAACAUGUUUUAACCUUAGAACUCUUUGUUCAAAUCAAUCUUACAAGGAUUGCUUAAGAUAUAAUAUGUAAAAGCCCAAGUCCUCUGUCUGAAGCUGGGUAAGGAGAUACAGAGUCAAAGGAUUUAGGUGGUAGGGCCCCUCUUCACCCCUACUCCUGACUCCUGCCUCUGGAGGCAGCCACUUUUGAUUUUUUUAGUAGUUUUCCCAA